AUGGCUCCUCGCACGCUGCACGGGCUGCUUCCGGCGCUGGGUGUGCUCUGGACCGGAGGCUUUUUGUUCUGUCAACCGAAGGCAUCCCUGCCCACGGUCGCGCGGAGGACGCCUUGGUCGGGGAGACUGCGGCCGAGACGGCACUGCAACGCAGAGUUCUCCGAGGAGGAGGCCGAAGAUGAGGUGCCGCCGGGCGGCGGCAUUUCUUGGUUGCCCCCGCUGAACGUUUCAGCGCCGGAUGAGACAGCGGAGGGCCGUGUUCUGCCCUUGUUUCCUCUGGGAGGUGCCUACUUCCCCUUUGCGCAGCCGGAGCUGAGCAUCUUUGAACCGAGGUAUCGGCAGCUCUACAACGACAUCCUGGUCUCUGGUGGCCGGAGCUUCGUGGUUGUAGCCCCGUCACCGGAGGACGAGAACGUUUUCGCGGAGGUCGGCGUUGUCUUCUAUCUGGAUGAUCUGACAGAUGUGUCCGAAGAGUCUGAGGAUGCAGUUAAGUACAUCUGCAACCACCGCAUCCUGGGCCGCGUUCGCAUCCUCCGCGUCCUGAACCCGGGUGCCUGGGAGGACCAGUCAACCUACCUCGUGGCAGAGGUUGAAGACUUCAAGGACGUGGAGCUCGCGUCCGACACCAGUACAGCAGCCAAACAGGCGGAGGUGAUGUCGGCUUUGAGUCGCGUGGCGCAGCGGCAGGAGGAGGGUGGCGGCCCGCACUUUGAAAGCCACAUCUCUGACUACGCCAACGCCUCGUGCGCGCAAGAGGGCGGCCUCUGGACGUUGGCCGACGUCUUCGCCGAGUACUACGAAUAUUUGCUGUCUGAGAAGGAGCAGACCUUGGACUUCGAGAUGGAGCAGGUGUACGAGCGGUACAGCCUGGAGGAAGGCGAAGAUCGCCAGACCUACAGUUUGGCAAGCGAGGACGACGAUGACGACGACGACUUCGAGUAUGAGGAGAUAGACAUCAUGGAGCUUCCUGGCCCCGCACGCCUGGAGAUCACAAGGUUGCAGAACCAGUACGAAGAGGAGGCAGCUUUGCUAAAUGCCGACCUCAUGCACUUUGUGCACUCCAUGCUGCAGUCCACCUCGCAUCGACAGCGGCUGGAGAUCAUGCAGGAGGCGCUUCUCCUGGAGGAGAGGCGAUUGGCAGCAAGGAAGGCCUUGGAGGAGGUGAUGUAUUCGGGUGAUUAG